GCUGGGUGCAGAAGCAGGACAACAGUGUCAAGGGCCACACCUCAGAGCCACACGUCUUUAUCUACUAGUGCAGCUCGGAUAUCGGGAGAGUUGACUGUCCCGGCUAAGUAGUGAUUUUCCCCGCCAUGAGGAUCGCCGGGGUGGGGGUGAGGGAAGCCGGGGGUUCACCCUCAUUCCUCCAGCUCCACAGUUACCUCCUCCUCAUCAUCACCAUCCUUCAGCUCUUCCCCUCCACCUCGGCCGCACGUCUUCAGCCUGUGGAUCGUGAUGGAACGUGUCCUGUCGGCUGGUUCCCCUGCGGCUCACCCGGUGAAGUGUGUCUCGAGCAAAGGUUCGUCUGUGACAGGAGCGAGGACUGUCCAGACGGGGAGGACGAGGGCGAGGACUGCGUACCUGACGAGGCUGACGGGACACUCGUGAAGGAUAUCCUGGAUAAGGAGAUUCAUCCUCCUGAACACCAUGCGAAGUGCGACCUGACGGCCUUCCCGCACACUUGCUACUGUCGCUUACGGACUCACUUGGUGUGUCGCGGCGCCCACCUCACAGCCGUGCCGGAUGACCUGGACCGCGGCACGACCAGCCUACUCCUGGGGAACAACAGCAUCGUCCUCACCCCUGACGCCUUCCAGCCCUACCGUCGCCUCGCCCAGGUCUUCCUGGACCACAAUGAGAUCGCCGUCCUGCCGCCAGGUGUCUUCCGGGGGCUGCCGCUGGACAAAGUGUUUCUCUCCUACAACCUCCUGCAGGACGACGACGCAGCCCUCGACGGCCUCCGCUCCCUCAGCAGCCCCCGGUACCUUCACCUUUGCCACAACAGGAUCGCGGAUAUUGACCUCGUCCUCGAUCGCGUACCCGGCCUCAAGUCCCUCUGGAUCAACCACAACCACAUAACCAUGAGGAGCAGGAAGGUCAGCGCCAACGCCCGCAACGUCACCGAGCUGUGGAUGGAAGGUAACCGUGUGGUUCUCUCAAGAGGAACCUUCAGAGGAUUCACAAACCUUGAAGCUUUAUUUCUGCGCCACAACAGAAUCACAGACGUCGGGUAUCGCGCUUUUGAGGACCUGAAGAAACUGAAGGACCUUGAACUCAACUUUAACUUGAUUCGACAUCUUCGUGCAGACAGCUUCGUGGGACUGCACUCUCUCGCCAGCCUUAACUUGGACAACAACCCGCUGCUCACCGUCCACACCUCCACCUUCAGGCCUCUCGUCAACCUCGUCACCCUGUGGAUGGACAACCUUGAGCUGAGUUCGGAGCUACUGGCCAACAUCUCCACUGAUCUCCACCACGAGUCCCGCACCGCCAACCUCACCCACGUUUUCUUCAAGAGGUUCAGGCACUGCAGCUACUUCCUCGACGUGCCCGACUGUAGCCCCAAGACCGACGGUGUGUCGUCGUUCCAGCACCUCCUCGUCCGCGUGGAGCUGCGCAUCGGGAUGUGGCUGGUGGCGACGCUCACCCUCCUCGGUAACCUGAUGGUGCUGGGCGGGCGUGUGUUCUCCAGGGACGACAACAAGAUACUGUCGCUCUUUAUCCGGAACCUUGCGGUGGCUGACCUGCUCACCGGCGUCUACCUGCUGGUGAUUGCCGUGAAGGACCUGGAGUUCCGCAGCAGCUACAGUGACCACGCCUACUACUGGAUGACCUCCUGGCAGUGCACCUUCACCGGGGUCCUCGCCAUGACGUCGUCAGAGGUGUCUGUGCUCAUCCUGUCGUUCAUGUCUGUGGAGCGGUGGCUGUGCAUCACGUGGCCGCUCGCGGCACCCAAGCUGUCCCUGGGCGGUGCCAAGGUGGCCCUCUCCCUCAUCUGGCUCCUUGGCCUCAGCCUGGCUCUAACUCCCGUGCUGUACUACCAAGGGCACCAGCAGCGUUUCUACGGCACCAACGGCCUGUGUUUCCCUCUCCACCUGGAUGACCCCUGGGCACCUGGCUGGCUGUACUCGGGGUUCCUCUUCGUGGGCCUCAACCAGCUUGGUGUGGUCCUCAUCCUGGUCUCGUACACGGGCAUGUUCUGCAGCAUCAGACGCACCAGAGCCAACACGCCGCUCUCGCUCGGGGACCGCGAGUUCGCAAUGCGCUUCUUCUUCAUCGUCUUCACCGACUGUCUCUGCUGGACGCCCAUCAUCGUCCUGCGCAUCAUGGCUCUCUUGGAGGUGGACAUUAAACCCGAGCUCUACGCCUACGUGGUGGUUGUGUUGCUGCCCAUCAACUCCGCCCUCAACCCCUUCCUCUACACCUUCACCACCACCAAGUUCAGAUCGCAGAUACGCAAGUUCCUCACACGCCGUGGCGUGUGUCUGUGUGUGUGGGUGCCGCGCCAGGACACGGACUCGGAGACCACCCGGACCUCAUUCUUCCGCAGCGCAACGCUCAAGCUCACCAACGGCCGCGACCUUCUGCCGGCCCUCAACGGCAACGCCCCGACCCACACCAUUGACGAGACCACCGUGGCGGAGGUCUCGCGGGCAUCGCUUGGCCGUGACGAGGUGGUCAAGGUGGAGACCAAACUGUGAGGUGGCGGUGCUGAUGCCAGGGACAAUUUGGUCAAGGUCGAGUGCGUAGUGGUGGUGUGGUCGAGGUACUGAUUUUAUUUAUUUAUUUAUUUAUUUAUUACGUUUUGGCCUAUGACACCGGUUGGCUUUCUUGGUGGAGCCUGAUGGUCGACCUCAGCCUAUUAUUACGCAGGUAAUUGAUUAUAUUGCACCAUCUUGCUUGGUUCAUGUUGCCCCAUGGGGCUCAUCUAUAAUCCUCUCGCAAGAGAGAGAAUCCAGAGUCUGAGUUGAUAAGUGGUCUUCAGAACAGCAUGUGGGUAGGCUUAGGCCACUCGGGAGUGACCAAAAAACUUCUGACGGCUGGCGGGACACGAACCUGCGUCCUCCUGGACGCUAAGCAUGUUGUAUGGAGGAUAAGGAAUAGGAAGAGGAAAAGUCGUGAUGGUUACUGGCAUAUUAAGUAAAAAGACAUUUAAAUAAGUCGACAAUGGGGAAGAUAAGAAGGAGCAGGAAAACAGGAAAGUCAAGGAACGAUAAACAAGAGGAAAGGAAGGCGGAAAGGGUGAGUGACCAGAUUAGCCUCUCUGACUUUUGUCCUCGAGAGAGAGAGAGAGAGAGAGAGAGAGAGAGAGAGAGAGAGAGAGAGAGAGAGAGAGAGAGAGAGAGAGAGA